UGCUGCACUGGCAUAGUGGGGGUUACUGCCGAUUAUUUUGGCAGUAAAUGCCUCGUAUUGGAUUUUAGAUAGACAGCAAAAUCUGUGCGUAAAACAAAAAUUUUAAAACUGAUUUUAUUGCUCAGUCAUGGAGACUCGUUCAGGAUCGUUUUCCUCUGAAGGAAGGUGAGUUAAGUAGUCAAAUUAAAAAUUUUAAACCGAAUUUACACUUUAAUCAACCUGCAUUAACAUAGACACAACAAAAAAAUUAAACUAUAGUGAAAUAGGAUCAGAAAACGCCUCAGGCCCUGACAUACUAGGGGCUUUCUAGACGCACAGCACAGAGGUCCCUUUCAUCAUUUCUUAAAGCCGUUAAACAUUUGAACAAUACAGUGAUUCAGUGACUUAAGAUAUACAUCGAUAGUGUUUCUUUAUAUAAAGAAUAAUGUAUGUGGUGUAUAGAUGACGAAAACUGCUCAGGUGGCUAUAGCAAUGCUGAAAGACUGAGAACUUUGCUGUUUAGCAGUCCACUCGGCGGGUGGUUCGGGCCAUGAUUCUAAAUAAAUUGGAAUUAUGAAUCGACUUUAUACUUCAAUUAGGUUAUAUUAGCGAAAAAAGGUCAAGGAGAUUAACCGAGCGCGAAAUUUAAAGGAAUAUAAGAAGGCCACAAUCCCAGCGACCCUGCAAAUAUAGACGACAAUUAAAUAGUUUAGUCGCGUUAUGGUUUCUUAAUGGGAAACCUAAGCGACUUGCGGUAAAGCGACUAUGACUUUCAAAAGCUUGACUUGCUCAGAUGUAAUAUUGCUCUUUUUUUAUGUCAACUCAAAAAGAAAAUUAAGGUUCAUGCUACACUAAAGAAGAAAGGAUAAGAAAACAAGGCGAGCGCUGGUUGGAAUCGAAGAACGCCUGCGGGUGUAUAUAACGACGGUUUUUUCUUCUGAACUUUGCAUAUUUCGACAGUACAAAAUGUAUUAAUUUAGGGUCUUUUCAGUUUUUAACUCUUUCCUGAGUUAUUACCUUAGUCAUUGGAGGUAAAGUGAAGUGCUAUUAACGAUAAUUUUGCUGAAGGGAAGACUUUGCUCUUUUAUAUCGGAACUCAGAGGGUGUGCUAUCCUCCAAGGACGCAUCCUCUCACAAGACAAGUCGGUAAAAUCUUAAAUGCUCUGAGUCUCGGUAAUCCUGGAAAACUAGCCCCCGCUUUGAUGACAAGACAGACUCGCCGGUGAGCAAACGUCAUGCUCGAUUGAGCCCUCAAUAUCAACUACUCACGAAGGAUUUUAAGCACGAAAAGGUGGCUCACGUAUAUAAGCAGGUGUAAUUCUUAUUUACCGUGCAUCUGAAGAUUAUCAGAUAAAGCGAACAGGCCGCGCAAUUGUAGUAAAAAAAAAAACGUGCUCUAAGUAAGUUAAUUUAAUUUGAGAAUCUUCCAAAAACACAGGUCUAGUUUGUUUUAUUGAGCUUUAAAAAGCUUAUAAUAAACGGUCAUAACAGAGGUUUCUAAAGAAAACGAAAAUUGUUUACGAUUAUUUACAAAUGUUCGCAUAUUUUACGAAUUAUACUUGAAAAAGAUUUUUAAAUUUUGUCACUGGCAUGCGAAAAGAUAUUAAUUUAUUUUUCAUCUGAAGUAUACGAGACAAGGCAAAUUUCUCAUUAAAAGCUAUCUCAAAAAUAAUAUCGAUCAAAACUGCAGUAAUGUCAGCUUUUCUUCCUUCACUUUCAGUUACUUUUGUUUGUUCUCAAAAGCCUCUCACUGCAUUGCGAAAUCGUUGCAAGCUAAAGAAAGGGUGCUUUCCACAAGUCGCCUCGUGUUCCAAACUCUCAGUGCCUUCCGGAAAAAUAGAAAGAAAACAAAUUGGACGGAUGCUUGUUAUCUAGCUUUGCUUGACAUAGAAUAAAGGGGGCACGUUUCUAAAGAACCUGGGGUGCUGUGUCGAUGGGGGAGUUUAUCAACUGGGUUGAUGAUGUGAAUUGGCCGCCAUAGAGUUUAUAAGCUGACCUUUCGAGUGUUAGCCCUUCGUUAGAGCGGAACACGCUUGAAACUGCUUUCUAGGAUCCCAUCACACAAUUAUUGCAUGAUGACGUUACUUGAGUCACUAAAAUUAAAAACAACUAACAAUAUCGCGUGUAAGCCUUUAUAAUAAAGACCUAAUAUUGAUAGUGAAAAAUGAAAACACUCAUGCAUAAUGUUAUAUGUAUUUACCUUCAAAUGCAAGCAAAGAAGUAAAUAUCAAAUGAUAUACGCACGCACGACCUCCCGCAAGUUCACAACCCACUAGGAUUUUUGACAUAAUUACCACGCCAUGUAAACAUUGUCAUGAACCAUUGUUAUUGAAAAAAGGCACUGAACGCACAUAAUUGAUUUCCCUCAGUGAGAUAUCUUAACUGACUCGCUUCUGUUUACUCCAGCAUCCCUUGACUGAACACAAUACAUUUCUGCAGAUUCCGUAAUAUUUGUAAAAUGGAUUGACAGACGUUACUUAGAAUUCUUCACUAGCGUGUAGACCAAGUUACCGAGUCAAGCAAGUUGUAUCAGUAUCUUUUAAAAUCGAUGAAGCUAAGGCUAUGUAUCCUUUGCUUCAUGAUGCAAUAUUUAGCUGGUGGGAAAUCCUUUACCUCAGAUAUAUCUUGGUGUGAAAAACCAUCCGGCUCAACCGCAACGCGAACGGUAACGAGCAUUUCCGCUAUUUCCCAAAUCAGUAGCAAAUUUAAAUUUGCGAGCUAAAACUGAAGUGGAAAAGCAAUUGUGGAUGCGUGGGAUGUUUUCUACAGUGUUUAUUGCCACGUUUCAACCGUUGCCGUGUGUGUCUAGGUAACUGGAGAGAUAGAUGGGCCAGUCAUUUCCACUAUUCAUGCUAUGUGACCAUGUUUACCUAGAAAAAGUCAUUAACAUUAAGCAGAGGCUUUAUCAUAAUUAAAUUACCAAAACCACGAGCGAAGCCAAAACGUUAUGAUCGAACACCUGGCGUUUAGGUUAACAAAGAGCACAAGCCGGAAAAAAAUAAUCUAGUGAUCGACAGAACGCGCAAACAGAAGCACGCGAAGAACUCAUCGGCAAAUAAGGGAGCUCUACAUGUUUGCUUUGCAAACCUUUGCAACAAAAGGUUUAAGAAACGUAAGUAACAUGUUUACUUCAAGCAUGUGUCCAAACAUCACUUCUGGGAUAUGACUGCAUUAAUCAACAAAUAAUGCACACGUUUAUUGGUUUAACGGACUUUCCAUUCAUAAACAAAGGAGGAAAUGUCUUCCCCUCUUUUAUUGGCAACAAACUAACACAUGCUUCUGUUAGACUGCCAAUUAAUAAAUCCUCUAACGGUUUCUUUCGACGCCGCCAAAAGUGAAUCGAAAUUGUUUCCGUUUGCAACAAGACUAACGAACUUCACACGCCGUAAACACGUACAAGAAGUGAGCCCAGAACUCAGAAUAACCAAGAGAUGUAGGGGUACGUUUUGUUUUCCAUACAAUAUCGUUUGUCAGGAUAGUGAGUGCUCUUAGCAAAAGUGAACUACAGAUCUUCUGGGUUUGAACUGUUAUCAAAAGGCAAAUACAAAUGUUAAGGACCUUUGUAAAUUAAACACAGCUUAACUUAAGAUUCAUUUUCCAAAUUAUCCCUUGAUUUUAAAGAAAAUAAGGGAGGCUCCUUUCUCGUUACCAUAGAGUUAAACAACAGAACUCCGGAACGCCUAAGUGGAGCUGAAACAGCUGCAGAAACAUGCGCUCACAAUUGCUGUUCUCUCUCUUUUUUUGUUUUAAAUCAUUAUUAUUCUCCUCUACAUCAACUCCACGGGGAACUCAGCAUUCCGAUUUUCAUACCUUAUGAUUGAAGCUGUGAUUUAACGUUAAGAUUUCAAUGGAAACUUUGCUGAAAUCAGGGGCAUUUACAUCGUCAAAGAAAAGAUAAUAUCCCAGAAAUUGUUCUUGUUACUGUUUAUUUGCAAUUUUUUGCUCAAAACUUAAUAAAAUGUAGUUGAUCGGAACAAACUGACAAAACAUUAGAAUUUCAUUUUCUAUCUAAUUUGUUUUUUCCCUAAGUGGCAGUUCCGCUACCUUGACAAGGUUUUGUCCCUUUUCUGAGAUGAUCGGAAUAAAAGCUUAGUCCAGACUGGGAUGAGCUCUGCCCGAAGCGCAAUCGCUACUUGAACGCAAUAUUUAAUUAUGAUUUUGCGCGGCAUGAUAAAACUACCACAUUUGUUGGACUGUCGAGGUUAAACGGAGACACCAGGAGUUUGAUCAGGAACUUUUACUCAUUCUCUGCUUAAUGAAUCUUAAGGGCUCUUCAUUUGAAUAUAUGAGUCUCUGUGUCUCAUUUAGCCGUAAUUACACGCUCUUAAAUAUCCUAUCUGUAGGCAUGUUUGGGCUUACGGAACAACUGACCUUGGCAGAGUAAACAAGUUUUAAGAACGCUAACCCAAACAAUUUCACGAGACAUUCGUCAUGAACAACAAAGUACUUGAAAAAUCACCGAUCUUCGAGAACUAAAACCCAGACAAAACUUCUCGUUGAGGAUUCUAAGCAAGGUCAAGAACGUACUCAAACACAAUUAGCUAAGACGAUUACCAUGCGAGAAUUAAGUCUACUACAACGGUCAAGGACGCUUUACUCAAAUCGAAAAAUAAAAGUGAGGUCUUGCAGCACAUAACAAACCAAGGCUCACAAGACUCGCAUAAUGAUUUCAAGAUAAUCUGACAGGCCUAAACAAUUCCCAAACACUUCUAAUUUUUAAUAAGUAGUAGUCACUUUAGUGAUUCGCAAACACUUCAAAUUUUAGUAGUUCAAAACACAUUAUUAUUUUUUUCUUUUUCAGAUUUGCUACUAGACGUUAACUGUGUAAAAGAUCAUGGCCCAGCCUCAUGUAUUUCUUUUCAUUUUAUCUCUGCUGCUUUUGCUGUCGUUGGUGACAUCAGAGAUGGCCAAAAGAGAAGCCCAUCAGUGUGAGGACCCUUUAGCCGGCACUUGCAAACAAACGUGCGACGAGAAUUGCAAAAUGUCAUGUCCCAGCAUUAACAAACCAUGUGAGCAACUUUGUGAGUAUGGCCCGUGUGAUAUGAAGUGCGCGACGAAAGACAGUUGCCUUCAGGAACAGUGGUGCGAAAUGUACGCACCUCAAACCUGUGGCGCAGUACGCUGCACAUCAACAAACUGUACGCAGAAAUGCGACGACGGCGCGUGCAACUUGACUUGUCGAGUGCGUUCACAAUGUAGGCAGGUAUGAGAGUACCUUGUAAAAUUAUAAUUUGUCCUGAAUGAACCAAAUAAGCAACGAACUUACUUAAGAAUAGACGAACCUCGAGGAAAAGAUGAACGAAAACCUUCAAAACGAUGAACUAGCGAGCGAACGUUAGAGCCGCGCAUGUACGAUCCGGAACAAAAGAACGAACGAGCAAGCUGUCAAGAAAACAAAAAAGAAUGGGAGAACGUCAUGCGAUCUUCGAGCAAAGGAAGAAUCGAGUAGCCUCGUUUGCGGAGUCUGUUCUUUCCAUUUGCAAGGUCGAGAAAAAGAGAGAGAUAAAUAAUAGAUUACACGAGGGAAAAAAGCAACAGCAGUAACAAAGACGAACAAAAUGCGCUCUAACUCUAUGAUUUCUUUAUUUCUUCGCUAGGACUGCAUUGGUGGUUCCUGUCGAGCAUUCUGUAAAGCCAAGGAGAGAUGCGUUCAAAAUUGUGUCGAUGGACGCUGUCCAAUGAGGUGUGUCUCGCAUCAGUGCCAACAGUCUUGUCAAGUGGGAGCGUGCUCUUUGAAAUGCAGAACUGUUAAAGACUGUGAUCAGCAGUGCUCGUCCGACUGCCCGUUGGUGAACUGCCACAGUAAAGAAGGCUCUUGUAAACAGGUUAGUAAAUGUAUAAAAUGCUGCUUUCAAUUAUGAAGGGAAGGUAUAGCCGGGGGAAAGGGGCAAAUGGGACUUGCAAUCCUUCACUGUUAUCCCUAGGGGAAAGUGUUUCUCGUAUAAAAAGAUUUUAUCUUCAUUCCGGCCCCUUUUCAACGCCUGGGUCUAUUUAAUACUUGGCUUUGAAUAACUGUUACUUAUCUUACGCUUGAGUUAUGGGGGAGAGCGGGGUCUGAAGAUUUUGACUGUUUAAAAAUUUACCUGAUCCCCCUAUCAGGCUCUGUAAUAUUCUCAUAUUUUCUCCCCACCCCCUCACUGGCAGUUAAUUGGCAUUCGUUUAUCCAAAGUUUUUGCACUCUGUUGGUGUCAACUGAUACCCGCUCUGUUCCCUCUGAAAACCACGUGAUCCCCCAAAUCCUUCCAGUCCCUCCCAGGCUAUAAACAAUGACUGCUCCCUUUGUAUAUAAUUACAAAAUGCAGCUGGGAAACGGUGGGAAGAAGAUGAUAAUACGAGCCAAGACAGUCGGGUACCAGGAAUGCCAUCGUGGUAACUGCCAGCAAAAAUGCACGACAGACUUAAGAUGCUACCAGCAUUGCGGAGGGAGCUGCAAUCAAGAAUGCAACUCUGGCAAAAGCUGUGACCAGUAUUGUACCAUCGAUGGUCACUGUGACCAAACAUGUAGCUCCAACAAAUGCUUGCAGCGAUGUGGUCAAGGCAGAAACUGCAAGAUGACUUGCGGAGCGACGCUGCAAUGUGAGCAGGUAUGCUAACGGACUUUUUCUUUCAGAAAAAUCUCAUAUUUUGAGUAAUCAGUCAAAAUUUAUGCGAACUGGCAAAAUUGGGCGUUGAAUAGUUGAAAUGCGAGACGAGGUGCUCUAAUGUUUAGAGCGCUGGACUCCUAGUCGAGAGGUCUGGGUUCGAGACCUGGCCGCAUCAAUGUGAAGGAAUAACCUUACGAUGGGCUGGUGUCCCAUCCAGGGGGGAAUAGUGAUACCCCUAGUCGCUUAUGCUGAGAGAAACUGGUAUAAGCCCCGGCUGGAUGGGCCACUUGUCUCGAGAACAGACUUUACCUUUACCUGUUCAUUCACAUUUGUGUGUGCCUUUCUUUAUGAGCUCAGGAUGGCUUAAAACGAGCGCCUACAAACUGCUCAAGAACUCGGAGAUCCAGAUAGGACGAAGUCGAACACUUCUCUGUGAGCUUUCAAUUUCUUAGCGACAGAACCCACUCAUAUUGUGUUACUCACCCCUAAACUGAUAAAGUUGUAAUUUAGUCGGGUUUAACAAACAAACGGGUGUUCCUUCUCUUUGCAGCGAUGCCCUCAAGGUGGCUGUCAAGGGGUCUGCAAUUCACCCUCGUGCUUUCAGCUUUGUGAUUCAGGUAACUGCUCUUUCGGAUGCAAGGGACCUCACUGCCAUCAAAACUGCUCGGGUGGUGGCUGUACCUUGAGUUGCCCCGUGGGCGCCAAAUCGUGUAUUCAGCACUGUCCAGCUCAAAACUGUAGCAUAACAAGAACUACGACAAAGGAAGAUGGGCAUUUUAUGGUUAAAAACACGUCAGACGAUUACGGGAUCCACUUUAACGGAAUUAAAACGAAGACAAACAGUGGCAGUGUUUGGUUGCCUUGUUCUUUAGAUUUUAGAAACGUUUUUGCCUUCUAUGCGGUGUGGAUUGUAUCGACUUAUACAUUGACUUAGAGCAGUUUUCAAAUUAGUGUCGAAAAACAAAACCAGAGUUAUCCUAGUGACCAGUCAGGACAAAGAUUUACACUGUCAUUAGCCAAUGAGAACUUAAAGUGAAAACAAGUAAACUACUAAAGCGCGGGAAAACGCGAGUGGCCAAGCCGCGGUUAUUUUUAGUUUUUCACCUGAUUGGUUGAGAGGAGAGUGCAAGUUUUCUAGACCACUCUCAGAGCAAAGGCAAGUCUCAGUUUAUUUCGACGCUGAAUUGAAAAUUUCUCUAAUUCGUGCUACUUGCGUAGACCAAAAUGAAACCAGUCUAAAAAGGUGCCCACUAUUUAAGUAUUUUUGUACAUAUAUAACUGUGUAAAAUGAAGUCUUUUGGGGCUUCAAUAUUUUAUAAAGUCAUGAAUAAAACCAGCAGUCUUUAAAGAUAUACAAUUACCAGGAACUUUACGACAGCCAAAAUCACCUUUCUCAUUAAUACAUUCAUAAGCACUAUAACAUACAUAGGUUUACAAACAAAACUGGAAGUAAAUUUAUUUCCAAAUGCCACCAUAUAUUGUAA